GCCCUCCGCCUAGAAGGACGAGCGGGCACCGCCGAGGUGACGGUAAGCGUGCGGUCCCCGGAACCGGCCGGGCCGGGCCGGGCCGGGCCACGGGGCUCGGCUUCAUCCGGGCUGGGCGCAUCCCCGCCCCACCGGGCCGAACAGGGGCGGAGCCGCGGCGGUGCCACUCACGGCGGAUGCGGACGGGCGGCUCCGCGCCCAGCAGGGCCGAACCGGGCUGGGCCGGCAGAGCGGCGGCCGGGGAUGCUCGCGAGGGCGGUGGGGCGUGGCGGGUAGCGGCUGCCCCGAGCCCGACCCGGACCCCGAACGGCGUGGUGGGGCGGUCCCGGGGGUCCAGAAAGACUGCCAGUCGCGGUGGAAGCAGCGGGGCUCGGGCUGGAGCGUGAGAUGCUCGCGGCGAUGUCGGGACUGAGUGGGGCCGAAUGUGGGGGCUACGCGUGCUCCCCCCGCCACGUGCGUGCCUCACCAUGUGCGCGCCCGCAUGGCUGCGGGAAGUUCCCCUUGCGGGGGCUGCCAGGGCCGCCUGCUGCGUCACGGGGCUGCGGCUUCGCCCAGCCUCGGGCACCCGCAGUCCUCCCCAGCAGCCGACAGGGCCGGGAGGGCUCCAGGUCCCCUCGAUGGGACAGGAGGGCGCCCGACGCCCUGCAGUCCGGUCACGCAGCAGCUCCUGGAGAAGCCCCAUCUCCUUCCUGGGUGGAGUGCACAGUGGCAGUGCCGGGCGGGCAGCAUCCCUCUUUACCGCAGCCUUCCUGUGUCUCCCCAACUCGUGCCCCCAGCCGCAACCUCUGCAGGGGCAGCUAUAUAUAGUGCAGCCCCGCCGACCUCGGAGCUGAGCCAUCGCCAUCUGCCGAGGUUAAUCUUUAGCCACCCGCCCGUCUCCCCUGGCUGGCCGUAAUGAGGCCUCAUUAGCAGCCAUUACACUGGCCUCAGGGCCACUGGUGGCCUGGUGACACGGUGACACCACGGUGCAGGUGUGGGUGGUGGUGGGUGCCGGGGCUUCAGGGUGGCGUGUGGGGACGUGGGGACGUGACCUUGGCACCCGUGGCGGCCAGCUGCAGGUCCCUUGGGUGACGCUGGUGCAAUGUGCUGGGUGCCCCACCAGUGUCCAGUGCAACCAGGGCCUGCGGUUGGGUUCCUGGGGAAGUGCCAGCAUCUCCAAGGGGUGUGUCAGCAUGCCUGGCACCGCGUCAGAUUCCCUGGGGGUAUGUCAUUGUCCCAAGGGGGUAUGUGCCAUUGUCCCCAAGGUGCGUGCCAGGGUGCCUCAUGAGACGCAGGUGUGUGUGCCAGGCUCCCAGGGGUGUAUCACUGUCCCCAGGUGCUGUGCUCAUGGCCAUAGCGACCGUGCCAGCACCCACAGGGCUGCGCCUCCACGCUGUGGGUUGUGCAGCAUUCCCACAAGUGCACCAGCUCCGCGUGCGAGGCCCCCAGGGGACGUGCUCAGGGAGGCUGCAGGUCCCCAGGACUGAGUGCUGCGGGGAGAUAAGGAAGUGGUGCUGGGGUGGGAGAACUGUGCUCUGCCUUGUGCGUGCCAGCAGCCCUGGGCCCCACCCUAGUGAUCCCAGCAGCAGUGCACGGUGCAGCCGUGUACCUCGGGCACCCCACACAGGGAUCCAGACCAGGGUCCAAACUCUGUUGCUGCAUCGGGACCAGGGUACAGGGCUGCUGGAGUGCGGUGCUUUCUGCGGCAUCAUCUUUGGCUGGGCCUCCCUCGUCUACGUCCUCAAGAGCCUGGGCUACUUUGGGCAGUGGUGCGAGUCCUCGGCCAUCCUCAACCCCAAUGGGACGCUGUAUCCCGACUGCAGCGGGCAGGAUGAGCAGUUCUCUCUGGUCUUCACCAUCGGCUCCUUCAUGAACAACUUCAUGACCCUCCCCAUGGGCUACGUCUUUGACCGCUUUGGCACUGCUGUCGCCCGCCUCAUCGCCAUCUCCCUCUACACUGGUGGGACCCUGCUCGUUGCCUUCUCCACGCCAGACCUAGCGGUGCUGCUCUUCCCGGCUAUGUCAAUGCUGUCGGUGGGCGGCAUUCUCCUCAUCCUCACCAACAUGCAGGUGGGGAACCUCUUUGGGAAGUACCGCUCCAUCAUCAUCACUCUCUACAACGGGGCCUUUGACUCCUCGUCUGCCAUCUUCCUCAUUAUCAAGGUGCUGCAUGAGCAUGGACUGUCCCUGCGGGCCAUGUUUUUCUUCAUGGCAGCCUGCAGCGCCUGGCACCUGCUGCGCACCAUCUUCCUCAUGCCCCGCAUGCACAUCCCCUACCCGCUGCCACCUGCCUACAACUAUGGGCUGUCAUGCCCAGGGCACUCCCAGUCAUACCGCACCUACGAGGAGAAGCGCCCGCCGGAGGAUGAUGGGCCAGAGGAAGUGCCCCUGGAGCCCAGUGCCCCAAAAGGCAGUGCAGCUGUGGAGCCCUUCUGGCCCUGCGUGUGCUCAUGGCUCUUCAUGUGGCAUGUGGUGUGGCUCUCGGUCAUGCAGCUGCGCCACUACCUCUUCAUUGGUACCCUCAACCCAAUGCUCGACCACCUGGCCUUUGGCAAUGAACACCUGGUGAGCACCUACACCAACGCCUUCGCCUUCACCCAGCUCUGCGGGGUGCUCUGUGCUCCCUGGAACGGCCUCAUCCUCGACUACCACAAGCGGAACAAGGCCCACCGUGCUGAGGGAGCCCAUGGGGCACUGGCUGACCUACGGGCAUCUGUGCUGUCACUGGUGUUGACGGUGACACAGUGCGUGCUCUUCUCCAUCUGUGCGGCCGUGCCUAUGCUGCCUGUGCAGUUUGUCACAUUCGUGCUCCAGGUGAUCAGCCGCUCCUUCCUCUACGGGGGCAACGCCGCCUUCCUGGCCAUCGCGUUUCCCCCACAGCACUUUGGGAAGCUGUACGGGCUGGCCAUGGCCCUGUCGGCGCUGGUGGCCCUGCUGCAGUAUCCCUGCAUUGCCCUGGUGCGUGGAGCGCUCCAGGGGGACCCUUUCUAUAUGAACGUGGGGCUCAUUGCCGUGGUGCUGCUGGCCUACAUCAGCCCUGUGGUGGUGACCCGCGAGUGCCGGCGGCGUGCCAAGGAGCUGGAGGCUGCCUCAAGCCCCCCGGAAGCUUCCGCAAGUGCCAAGACCCCCGCCCAGACACCCCAGUGAGCCCCGCACUACCAUCCAGCUUUUUUCUACUGCACUUUGGGGGAGGGAUGGGACUGUGCCGGGGGGGCACAGAGAAGGGUGGGUGUGCUUUGGGAUGGAAUAAAUAUUCCAACGCCUCUGCA